CUAAGAUUGUGAAACUUCAAUGAAGAUCUCAAUGGAUCUGACUUUCGCAUUUGUUUCACUGGCUUCGAUGUUUUCGCUGAUAUUUAGUGAAAAGUGCGAACCGAUCAGUAUUAAAUCAUGCUCUAACGCAGGCUACUCUCUAACUGCAAGAUUUCCUGAUAUAGACGGCACACCAUACCAAGACUUUCUAGCGCCACGCUUGGAUUUAUACAACCUUUUGCUACAGACUUGUUCAGCUUACGCUAGUACGAUCCUGUGCUCGCUGUAUUUGCCGAAAUGCGAAGAAAAACGGACAGAUCCUCAGCCUCCGUGCUACAAAGUUUGCAAAAAGUUUGCGACAGAAUGCCAAGACCUUCUUAAAAAGGCAGGCCUCGCUGGAGUUUUCACUGUACUGUGCGAUAAGCUACCCGAUGGAAAUUCAACUUCAAACGAAUGUUUUUAUCCGCCAAACUUUAAACAAUCGUCAUCUGGAGGAUCAAAACCUAUUCCUAAGUGCUAUGAUGUUGUUGACCCAGUUUGCAAGAAACAUUUACACUAUAACAAAACAGUGAUGCCAACAAGCUUACAAACAGGAGAAGAAACUUUGUUCCAGUCGAUAAUCAACAGUAACUGUUCUGAUGAGUUGGAAAAGUUUAUUUGCUAUGCACAGUUUUCUCCUUGCGACCCCAAGCAGCCAAGAACAAUUCAGAUACCUUGCAAAUCACUCUGUGUUAAAAUUCACAAAAACUGUUGGAAGGAGUUCAACAAGGCUGGGCUACCCCUUCCACCUUGCGAUUAUGUUUACCCUGAAGAUGAUAAUAAUCCAACAGGUAUUUGUGAGGUUAAGAAGUGGCCAGCCUCAUGGCCUGCACAAUUUAGGCCACCAGCUCCUGAAAUUGGAACUUGCGAGGAGCUCACUGUGAAGUCAUGUGCCAAAGCCAACUACAAAUAUACUGCUAAGUAUCUUAAAGUUGGUAAUGAGACCUUGCAACAGAAGAAAGGAAAACUGCUUGAUCAACUUAUUCCAUACAUUGAAAGUUGUUCGCCUUACAGCAGUUUAAUUCUUUGCUCAUUAUAUCUGCCCAAAUGUGUCCCUGGUAGUGCCAGACCAAUGUUACCAUGCAGACAAGUUUGUUUGGAUUUUGCGGACAAGUGCAAGACAGAAUUGACUUUGGUGUCAACUGUGGGAAUGACAAUAGCACUGUGCGAUCUUCUUCCUUUUUAUGAUGGGACACCAAACAAGUGCAUUAUGCCAGAGAGUUUUAAGAUGAAAGAUUCCUUGCAAUUAUUCUCCACCAGAAAUGUUUGCUACAAAGUAACAUCUUCCAAGUGUUCCAAAGACCUUCAUUAUGACAAAACCUUUUUGCCAACGGAUGAUCAGAGAGCUGCAGAACUCACCAUUCUCCAACCAGUUAUUGAUUCAGGAUGCUCACCAGACAUUGAAAAAUACUUGUGCUUGAUGCGCAUGCCAAAGUGCACGGCAGAUACUUCCGUGGUUCACUUGCCAUGCAGGGAAUUCUGCAAGAGGAUAAAUGAUGACUGUGAUGCAGUGUUUAAGGCUAACAGUAUUGUCCCCCUUCCUUGUGAUAACUUUUUUCCUGAAGGGGGUAGUUCAACUGGGCAGUGUGACUUGAAAAGUUGGCCUGCUCCUUGGCCUUGGAAAAUUCCAGAUCCAUCUCCUCCUGUUUCAGAUAGUCCCACCAAAUGUGUUCCUCUGAAAGUGGAGUCUUGUGCAAAUGCCGGUUAUUACUACACUGCAGACUUUCCACCGAUUGAUGACAAACCAUAUCAGAUGGUCAAAGAAAAAAGUUUGAAGUUUUUCUUGGAUUUUUUGAAUGUUUGCUCCAAAUACAGCAGCACGAUCAUGUGCUCUUUGUUCAUGCCGAAUUGUAUGGAGGGACAUCCAAAGCCAGUUAUGCCUUGUCGCAGUGUUUGUCUGGAGUUUGUAAACAAAUGUCACAGGUUACUGUCGCUGGCGUCACAUGCAGGAUUGUUCAGAUCUCUUUGUGAUCUGUUGCCUGAGCAGGAUGCAUUAUUGACCACAUGUUUCGUGCCUAAGGGAUUCACAGCGAGCACUACUUCUGUGGACAGGCGAAAUGGUCAAUGUAGCAAAAUUAGAGAACCAAAAUUCUGCCCUGAUGAUUUACAUUACAAUCUGACGUUUGUGGUGGAAAACGAGCAAACGAGUGACUCAAUCCUACAGACUAUCCUGGAUUCCAAGUGUUCCCCAGACCUAGAGAAGUACCUUUGCUACACAACCGUCCCACCAUGUAAGACAAAUGAUUUGUCCGUGUAUGUGCCUUGCAGAUCUGUCUGUGAGCAGGUGAGAAGAGAUUGUGGAGGGGAAUUCGAGAAGAACCGUCUUCCGUUACCAGAGUGCACCUGGAUUUACCCCGAUAAAGAGGGUACUAACGGAUUAUGCCAACUGAGUGAAUUUCCAGUUCCCUGGCCUGCCAAGAGAACAGAUGUGACAACUGCAGUACAGGCGAAGAAAUCUGCCAACAAAGGUGGUUUGAUCGCUGGGAUCGUCCUUAUGUUGGGCUUCCUCACUGUUGUUGUUGUCAUCGCUGUGAUGUAUUACCGCUGGCGCCGCGGUGCCGAGCAAUUCUCGGCACAGCGAUUUGAUAACGUGACGAAUGAGCUAGAGCCGAGCGCAUGAAAGGGCAUGAUAGUGCUCUUUGGGAUCUGAGAUGAAUGGUUUGGACCAAGACGUCAUCACAGAUUCAUUGCAAUGUAUUUUAUGUCCUCUUCAAUUUAUUAGAGAGAGAAAAAAAUACAUGCUCAUUUAGAAGACAUUGUUAUUACGGAUAUAUGUGGUAAUCCGAUUUUCUAAAUAUUAGGCCUUUCUAGGAGCAUCGGCUACUUCUUGGGAAUACUUGUUGCGAAGUCAACCCAUCUUCAGUUCAAACUAAUCAAGCAGACCGAGAUUAUUUCAUUGUACACUUAAUAUCUAACAACAUCAAGAAUUGGAAAGCUUCUGGACUUGACGCAUGACACUUACAAUUACGGAGCAUCAACUCUUCCGUUUGUAUUUUUGGACCAUACAUGCCGUGAUAAAUCAACUAGUUAUCACUAGCAUCAUCAUACCUAACUUCAGUAAAGCGUAGUUUUUACUAGAAUCUACCUUGACACGAAGAACAAUUAUCUGCAAUGCCAAUCAACCUUGAAAACAGUUCUCCCCCUUUGGAGAUUAGUAGAUGUGUCUGCUUAAAACUUAUGCACAAAUAACCUUCAUUUUCUUCACAUCUGAUCAUACUUUGGAUGUAGAAGUGAAGAUAUUCACAGCGUUUGACAUUUAAGACAUUUUACUAAUUUAAGAUAGUAAAGAGCUUAAAGCUUUUAUUUGUAAGGAUAGUUCAUUAGUAAGGGUAUGACGUGUAUCGUAGAUACAGUCUUAAACAAUAACAGUUAACGUUUUUUACGUCA